UGAAACAAGUCCACUUUUUGUCUGCUCCUCUCCUCAAAACUCAAUUUUCACUCUUCCUUUCCACUGCAAACAUUCCCCAAUUUUGUCCUCAAUUUAGAUGUGGCCUCUCACUGGCCCUCCUCUGAAGCUCGUCCCAUUGAUGGGUUCUUCCUCUUAACCGGCAGGCUUCCUCGGAUGCUGUUCCCGGCAGAUCAAAAUCACAGCUUGAUCGAGAUUUCUCAUCCUCAUAGCUUCCCCGAGAUGGGUUUCCAAGAUUAGCUCUCAAAUUCCCCGGUCGAGUUGAAUUGCAAAAGAAGUCCCUGUUUAGCGUUCGUUCAAAAUGAGGGAUUUCCCGUCCUGUUUUGGCGAGAAUGGAGUUCAGGUUGCUGAUUCUUCCUCAUCAAAUUCCUCGAAAAAUGCCCAGAAUUUAGCCACCCGUGUGUAUCAAGCGAAAUUGAGGGGCCGUUCUUGCUUGAUUACCAUUACGUGGAGCAAGAACAUGAUGGGUCAAGGCCUCAGCGUCGGGAUCGAUGACUACUCGUCGAACCAGUCCCUGUGUAAGGUUGAUAUAAAGCCGUGGCUUUUCUCCAAGAGAAAAGGGUCCAAGACCUUGGAGGCAUACUCUACUCUGAUAGAUGUGUACUGGGACCUCUCUUCUGCGAAAUUUGGGUCCGGGCCUGAACCCUCGGAGGGGUUCUAUGUGGCUGUUGUUGUCGACCGGCAGAUGAUUCUUCUCCUUGGAGAUUUGAGGAGAGAGGCCUUUAAGAAAACUGGCGCUUCGGUAGCCCCUUCAAGUGCUGUCUUUAUAGCCAAGAAAGAGCAUGUUUUCGGGAAGAAAGUCUUUGCCACAAAGGCCCAAUUCUGCGAUAACGGGCAAGUCCACGACUUGGUAAUCGAGUGUGACUCGAGCAGCAGCGCUCACGACUUGUGCCUUGUGAUUCGAGUCAACAGCAAACCCGUGAUGCAGGUCAAGAGGCUCCAGUGGAAGUUCCGGGGGAACCACACGAUCCUGGUUGAUGGGCUUGCAAUCGAGGUCUUUUGGGAUGUUCAUAAUUGGCUUUUUGGUGGCAGCGCUGCCCCUGGGAAUGCGGUCUUCAUGUUCAGUGUCUCAGCGGAAAAGUCAUGGGUCACCCACAGCCAAACCAGGGGGGACCCUUGGCCGUUUUCCCAGAGGUUCCUCGACUCAAAAUCUUCUCACAGCCUCGGCUUCUCGUUGAUUUUGCAUGCAUGGAAGAGCGAGUAGAUAGAUAGGUUUGGUUUGGGGGAAUUCCUCUUUGAGUACUACUACCGCUGACGAAAAGAACAUACUCUUGAUGAGUUGUGAAUUUUUUUUUUUAACUCUUUGUGAUUGGAUUAUACUUAAUUUGAUUGAGAUGAGUCUAUUUGUUAUUUUUCUUGAUCAGUAAGUUUCCCUUGAGUAGGUAGCAGCUUGAGGAAUUGAGUUUCGAUUUAGAUCGGAGAGUUUUGUUGGUGUCAGUUCAGUUCUCUGUAUAUCCCUUAAUAGCAUGUUAGCUUCUUAUUGGUUAGGUUUCUCAAUUUGGAAUACUAUAUGGAAUCUAUUCACUGUAUUAAAGGUUAUUCUGUUGCCCUGAGUCUCUUUGCAGCCAGCAGGACUGGAGUGUGCUCAGUUGUGUCACUCAAAAUCUUCAAAAAAUUGCAUGAAUAUGCAAAUAAUGUCUGUAAGUAUUUUCUCUCGCGUUGAAGUUGCCGGAAACGUGAAGUACUUCUGGGUAAACUAUGUUCUUCUUUACUGUAUGAAUGGUGAUUAGAAUAUUCAUUUGGGUAAUGCAGCUGCAUGAGCUGGAGUAGCAAUUGUGGAGAGUGACCAGUUGUUUUCAGUAGUCUAAAGUUUGAAUUUUGUGGAUAGUUGGUAUGCAAUGACUAGAUUUUUGCCUUUUUCUGUUUAUGUAAGUUAUAUGGGUGCUCGCUGACUUAGUUUAAUCAAUUACAAACCACACAGUGCCCACCUUUUCCCGAUCCUAACUCUGGACAAAAUUGCCUCUUAUUCUGGUCCUCCACAUUGUUAUUUUUGAACUGUGUCAAGGUCGUGACUUUCAUAUGUAAUGCAGAGAGGAGGCAGAAAAGAGAAGUUGAAGCGGUUGAUGUCAAACAUGGGCCUCUCUCUGUGAGAGGAAUCAUAAGCAGAUUUCUGUAGAAGUCAACAAUUUCUUCAAAUUGGUUUGAUUAUGACGGUCCACGGGAAGCUACGAGGUUAAUCAUCGAAAUACCUAUUUGGUCAAACUAAGUCGCAGAUCUCAAACAGUAGGCAUCUAUAGUAGGUGCUUGGAGUUGGAGGUCCAUGUAGAGUUUGUCUACGGACUUUCUGAACUGAUUCUAUGGUUCCAGGAUGCCUUGUUACUUAAUUUGCUACAAUGAAAUGCUACAGCUUCAAAUUAAUAUAUGCAUUGGGUGUCAGAUGGGUUAUAUUGCA